AGCCAUUACUGCCACCUGUCGUAUUGGAAGUCGUAUAUAAAAUAGUACUGUAACAAACAAUUUGUUUGUUGGAGUCACACAAAAAUACAUAUGAAUCCAACCGACGUCUGCCAGUGAGUCAAAGGGCCUCCGCGUUAGCACAUUUCAGAGAAUAGCCUUAGCACCGGCUGUGGUACCUGCAACGACAUUAAAAGGCUAGUUCUCGUGAGAAAAGGGGAGGCUCAUUCGCCGCCGCUGCCAGUCCCGAGAUUAUUAUCAUUAAGAGGACGCAAAUAAAAUGCGGAGGAGCACAGUUACGUGAGCCAGGUAUGAGAAUUGCAACCAUGUGAGGGAGGAAAAGCUCGUCAACACUCGCGGGAUGAGAACUUCCACCAUAUGCAGGCGGAUCCGCCAUUGAGGCCGAUGCGUGACCGGCGGGUAAAAAAGUUUGGAAUGCAAGCGCCGGUCAGGGAAGUUCUUCAGAAGCAGUGUGAUGAGCAAAGGUGUGGGUGAGUCAGUGCGGCGGUGCAGAUGACGCAAGGAUGCAGUAGGAGUGAGCAGCGGUGGAGAGAGGCCGUUGGGGGAGAGAUAAGUUUACAUGCCGGAUGAAGACGCUGUUCUUCAGGAUUCCAUCGCUGAGGAAGACGGAGAGAACGACACUCAAACUGAGGAGGAAUGUUCAGAGAAGACCAGCCCCAAAGUGUCUGAGGACAGAGAGCUAGACAACAAGAGCACUAACACUUAUAGCAACCAGAACUCUCCCAUUAGUGUCCUUUCCAAUCAAGAGGCAGAGCUGGAGUCACGCCUUAGCGAUGCCAGUGACAGACUCUCGGAUUUCAAAACCUCCUCGCCACCUGAGAGCCAGAGGGAUGAUGAAAGUCGCAGCUUCAAACAUAAAGAGGAGAUGGGCAGCAGCUUGGAGAAAAUGAGGGCAGCCUAUGCAAACUUUCUCUCUGAUUCCUACUGGACGGGGAUAGGAAUGGACUUGAAAAUGGCCAAAAACACCAGCAAAGCCAACUGUGACAGCACCAACGGAAGCACCAAAAGUGAGUUUGACUGGCACCAGGAUGCGCUCUCAAAGACCUUGCAGCAGACACUCUCCCCAAAGCCUGUGUCCAAACCCAACCUCUUUAGCUCUGUCCACCUGUACAGGCAGACCACCAAACCCUGCGGCUCAGUGUUCACCGGAGCCAGCCGAUUUCGCUGUAAGGAUUGUAGUGCAGCUUAUGACACUCUUGUGGAGCUGACAGUCCACAUGAAUAAGAGUGGACACUACCAGGACAACAAUCACAGCAAACAGAGCAAUUCCUCGGCCUCGUCUUCUAAAUCUAGGAAACGAAAUUUGCAAGAUAUGGAAGGGAAGGAGGAUGCACAAAAAGUUUUGAAGUGCAUGUUCUGUGGCCACUCUUUUGACUCACUCCAGGAUUUGAGCGUCCAUAUGAUUAAAACUAAGCAUUACCAAAAAGUGCCUUUAAAAGAGCCAAUCCCAGUAAUCACACCCAAAUUGUUGCCACCAGCAAAGAAGCGGGCCUUUGAAACAGCAAGACCUUGCUCCCCUGACUCUACGACUGGUGUAUCUGGCUACACUGAGGCACAACGGGCCGCCACCAUUUCAAAUGCUAACAGUAAUCGCUACGGCUAUCAGAACGGCGCGAGCUACACGUGGCAGUUUGAGACGUGCAAGUCUCAGAUUCUUAAAUGCAUGGAGUGUGGAAGCUCUCAUGACACCCUUCAGCAGCUCACCACACACAUGAUGGUUACUGGACACUUCAUCAAAGUCACAAACUCAGCCUCUAAAAAGGGUAAACAGUUAGCGCUUGACCCCCUGGCCAUAGAGAAGAUGCAGGGUUUGGCCGAGCCUGCUGCCAGUGACACUGAGGGAGAUAAGGUGUCUCCAAAAAAUGCUUCCCCCGGGAGGAGUGAGAAGGGUAGCCAGGGGGAAGGUACAUCAGACAAAAUGGAAGAAACUGAAGCUAAAGAUGACAAGCAAGAGAGUGAGGAUCAAAAGGCAGGCAAAGGGGCUUUUAAGUACCCUUAUCUCCGUGAGGAGGAUCUUGAACAGGACUCGGGUGGAGGAGGGGACAUUCUUAAAUCUUUAGCCAACACAGUGGCCUCUGCCAUCAAUAAAGCUCAAACAGGGACACCAAGCUGGAGUGCUUACCCGAGCAUUCACGCUGCCUAUCAGCUCUCUGGCAUCAUCAAAAGUGCCCCUCUCUCUGCAUCUGCAUCUCCCCCUGCUCAGCUGAAGCAGACAUUUAACCACAAGUUGAGACCGAUUGCCCCAAAGGGGAAGUUAUACCAUGACGCGGUGGGAGUUGAGGCUCCCCAGGGACAGCAUAAAAAUGUUGACAUCAAAAAAGAAAAGGUUGGCAUUAGCGAUGGUAAAGAAAGUCAGAAUAUUAAGUUUGAUCUGGUGGAGAAUGAUGACAGCGAUUGUCAGGAUGAUUCCUCUUCCUCUUCAAAGCUCGAUGCAGACUGUGUGAAUGAAGGGAGUGAAGCGAUCAAAGGGAAGUUGAGCCCAGAUUUCUCUGACAGAGGCAAGACACCGAGCCCUUCUGCCAGCAAUGGACGCAGCACUACUUCAGAGCCUCUCAGUGACACUCCAGAUAUACUUGGCAUAAACCCUCUUAGUGCGCUGCAGUCAGUUCUGAACAAUCAUCUGGGCAAAGCAAAUAAACCCAAUAACUCAAGACUAGAUAAACUAUCUGCUCACACCCAGUCUGUUUUUGCUGACAUUAAUCGUAGCGGCGAGAAACCAGCUUUGAGGCUUGGAAAUCCUAUGAGAAAUAGGCCUGAUAACACCUUUCUCUUCGUUAGUGAUGACCAACCAAUAGACCUGACGAAAUCUAAACACAGCAAGCCAACUUCAGCGCUACUACAGCCCUCCACCCCGAUGCCCCAGAAAUAUGCUCUUUCUGACAUAGCUGACAUGGUUAAAGUUCUUCCAAAAGCCACAACGCCAAAACCCUCCAUACCGUCAAGGAUCCCGACUAUGAAACUGGAAUCAGAUGUCAGGCGCUUUGAGGAUGUGUCCGCCGAGGUGUACUCCGUCCACAAGCGUAAAGGCAGACAGUCAAACUGGAAUCCUCGCCAUCUUCUCAUCCUGCAAGCUCAGUUUGCCUCCAGCCUCUUCCAGACCUCUGAGGGCAAAUACUUACUCUCAGACCUCGGCCCUCAGGAACGGAUGCACAUCUCCAAGUUCACUGGAUUGUCCAUGACCACCAUAAGCCAUUGGUUAGCAAAUGUAAAGUACCAACUGCGCAAAACCGGAGGUACCAAAUUUCUGAAGAACAUGGACACGGGCCACCCUGUUUUCUACUGCAAUGACUGCGCUUCCCAGUUUAGGUCACCGACCACAUUCAUUUCCCAUCUGGAAUCCCAUCUUGGGUUCCAAAUCAAAGACAUGUGCAAAAUGCCAUUAGAGCACCAGACGAAAGUAGAGGAGCCAGAACUGUCAAAGGUCCUCAGUGUGAGAGCCACAGAGGCUCUCGUCACAGAGGAAGACAUUGACUCAAAGUUCAAAUGUAAGCUCUGCUGUCGAACAUUUGCGAGUAAUCACGCAGUCAAACUCCAUUUGAGCAAAACUCACAGCAAAUCUCCCGACAACCAUUCGCAAUAUGUGGAAAUGGACAAGGAGUAGUUUUUGUUUUUUUUUUCAUAUUAUUGUCACUUUUUUUCCUUUUCUUCUUUUUUUUUUUUAAUUUUAAC